AUGGAAGAUGGCAUUGUUCUGCGCUCGGACAGGGUCGUCAUUCCGUUUUCGAUGAGGAAGUCUGUUCUCAAGCACCUGCACGCCGCGCACGUCGGUAAGGAAAAGAUGAAAAGAAGAGCAAGAUGCACCGUGUUUUGGCCAAAGUUGAACGAUGCCAUCGACAAGGUCUGCGACAACUGCGCCGAGUGUCAAGCAAACAAGCCGAGGAACAAGAAAAUGCCAAUGUUGUCUCAUGAGAUCCCGAGGUUGCCAUGGGAGCGUGUUGGGCUGGACCUGUUCGCACACGGCCACAAGAUGUACAUAGUCAUGGUUGAUUUUUAUUCAUUCUACUUCGAGGUUCAGGAACUACAAACUGCAAACGCCCGCCAAAUCAACAACUUCUGCAUGAAAGUAUUCGCCACCCAUGGGCUGCCGGUAACUUUGGUUAGCGACAAUGGUCCUCCGUUCAGCAGCUAUGAGUUCAAGCAGUUCUUGGAACACCUCCAGAUUCGUCAUAUUACAGCUAGCCCCUACCAUCCAAGAAGUAACGGCAUGGCGGAGCGUGCCGUGCAAGAGGCCAAGAAGCUUCUUCGUAGGACAUCGACGGCUGAGGAGUUUUAUUACGCACUCUUGGAGUGGCGUAACAGUCCACGCGACAGUGUCUUGUCUCCGGCACAACGGCUGAUGAGUCGCCAAACCCGAACCUUGGUACCCUGCGCUACGGAGCACUACAAGCCUGUUGUGGUUCCACCGGACACCGUGAGAGAAAGACUCAGCGAGAUACGUCAACAGCAAAAGAAAUUCUACGACCGAGGAACACGGCCGCUCCCUGAAGUGGAAAAGGGGUCAAGAGUGACCAUCUACGACACGAAUAAGAAAACGUGGUCUCCAGCCAUCGUCGUAGGACAUGCAACCAGCCCAAGAUCAUAUGACGUUUCCACCCAAGAUGGAGUUACCAGGACGAGGACCAGGGAGCAUCUCAGAAUGCAAGCACCCAUGGAUCAUGUGGAGGCGGAAGACUCAUCGGCUGGAGAAGUGCCAGCACCCCCACGCAGAAGCACAAGGGCGAAGAAACAACCGAAACGCUACCCGGACUGA